AAAUCAGCUGGAGAGACAUUAACUAAUAGACGCCUAGCUCACAGGGGAGAUAGAGUUAUGGUUUAUAUUUUACCAAAGAAGAGCACUUUAAGCAAAAGUACAGACUUACUUACUGCUUUAGCUAGAUGCUAAAUUAGUCAGUGAGCAAUCUGAAGUGAAAGGAAGGAAAAUGCUAUCUUUGUUUUUGCGCUGAGUUUUUAUGCAACAUUAGCUCUACUUAGCUAGUUCUCUCAAGCCAAGGCUCUCGAGGAGGCAGCCUCUUCUUUCCUCCACCCCGCUCGUUUCUCGCGCCCGGUUAAUGUGACGGGCGGACCGACAUGUGGGUCAGUACUGGAACAGUCGGAAGGACCCUCUCCAUGGAUAUAGACACAGACUAUGAAAGGCCCAAUGUGGAAACUAUUAAAUGUGUGGUGGUAGGGGACAAUGCAGUGGGCAAAACCAGGCUCAUCUGUGCCCGCGCCUGCAAUGCUACCCUCACACAGUACCAGCUGCUCGCCACCCACGUGCCAACCGUCUGGGCCAUCGACCAGUACCGCGUGUGCCAGGAGGUGUUGGAGAGAUCUAGGGAUGUGGUGGAUGAGGUCAGUGUCUCCCUAAGACUAUGGGACACCUUCGGUGACCAUCACAAAGACAGACGCUUCGCUUAUGGCAGGUCUGACGUGGUAGUGCUGUGUUUCUCCCUGGCCAACCCCAACUCCCUGCGUCACGUCCGCACCAUGUGGUACCCUGAGAUCAAGCACUUCUGCCCCCGCACCCCUAUCAUCCUGGUGGGCUGCCAGCUGGACCUGCGCUACGCCGACCUGGAGGCUGUGAACCGCGCCCGCAGACCCCUGGCCAAACCCAUCAAGCCCACAGACAUCCUCCCUCCAGAGAGAGGGCACGAGGUGGCCAAGGAGCUUGGCAUUCCCUACUACGAGACCAGCAUCGUGGCCCAGUUUGGGGUCAAGGAUGUGUUCGACAACGCCAUCCGCUCCGCUCUCAUCUCCCGCCGUCACCUCCAGUUCUGGAAGUCCCACUUGAAGAGAGUCCAGCGGCCCCUCCUCCAGGCCCCCUUCCUGCCCCCCCGGCCCCCGCGCCCUGUGGUGGGCAUCCCUGACCCCCCUCCCAUCGACGGAGAAGCCCCAGACUCCCUCCUCUGCCAGCCGCUAUGCGCCGAUGUCCUCUUCUUACUCCAAGGCGGCGCCACGCGUGUCUUUGCACACAAAGUCUACCUGGCCACCUCCUGCUCCAAGUUCUACGACCUCUUCACCCUGGAUCUGCUGGCCAUCGAGGCGGAUUGGGAGGGAGAUGAGCGCGCCGAGAGCGGUGAGGAGGAUGAACAGAGUAGGAGAGGUGCCAAAGAGCAGGCAGGGCGUACUAAGAGCUUGGACAUCGAUAAUGAUGGGGAGGGUGGAGCAAGGGGAAUCAAACGGCCACCCAUGCUCCAGCAGGGCUCCCUGAGGACUUCCAAAAGUGAUAACGCCCUCCCCGCCAGGAGCCAGUGCUCCGUGGGGCCCCUGGGGGCCGGCCGUGGCCUUUCAGGCUGGGGGAGGGGCUUCCUGAGUGUGUACCUGGAGCACGUAGCUGACCCCGAGACGGGGCGACCCCGCCUCAUGACCGUGGUCUCCAUGGACGGUCUCAUACAGGAAGAACCCUUCCAGGCGGUGCUGCAGUACCUGUACACAGGCAGUUUGGAUGAGGGCCGUGGGGAUCUGAUGCAGGUGGCCACCAUUGCUGAGCUGCUGGAGGUGUUUGACCUGAGGAUGAUGGUGGCCAAUGUGCUGAACCGUGAGAGCUUCAUGAAUCAGGAGAUCACCAAGGCCUUCCACGUCCGUCGAGCCAACCGCAUCAAAGAGUGUCUCAGCAAGGGCACCUUCGCUGAUGUGGUGUUCUGCCUGGACGAUGGCUACCUGCCGGCCCACAAGCCUCUGCUCAUCUCCAGCUGUGACUGGAUGGCCGCUAUGUUCCGCGGAUCCUUCAUGGAGAGCUACAUCAAGGAGGUGUCCAUCCCUGACACCAGUAGUGCCUGUAUGCGUGCGGUGUUGGAGUUCCUAUACUGUGGGCUGGUGACGGCCUGUCCUGACUGGGAGCCUAUGGAGCUCAUCGUCCUAUCCAACCGGCUAUGUCUGCCACGCCUCGUUGCCCUCACAGAGCAACAUGUUGUGGAUGAGCUGCUACAGUGUUUGGUGAAGGGAGUAGACAUUGACGGACAGGUGCUUGCUUACCUGGAGUUGGCUCAGUUCCACAAUGCCAAGCAGCUUUAUACCUGGUGUCUCCAUCACAUCUGCACCAACUACAACAGCGUUUGUCGCAAGUUCCCCAAAGACAUGAAGGUCAUGUCUCCAGAGAACCAGAGGCACUUUGAGAAGCAGCGGUGGCCUCCAGUGUGGUUCCUGAAGGAGGAGGAUCGCUACCUGCGCUCUCAGAAGGAGCGCCAGCGGGAGGAAGAGAUCCUCCGUAAGCAGCACACCAAGAGGGGUUGGUGCUUCUGGAGACACCCGUCCUCCUCACCCCACGUCUCCUGAGGCUGUCGCCCCUCCAUGACCCCUCCUAACCUCAGACUGAGGAGGCCAUGAGCCUACCACCCCUCCAUAACGGGAGAGCCAAGUCUCACCUCUGUAUGAUUGUCUGUGGUUGUACUGGGGACCAGAAGUCCUCACAAGGACCAUUUGGACAACUGGGGACAUUUUGCCAGUCCCCACAAAGAAAAGGGCUAUUUUAAGCUUAGGGGUUAGGUUUAGGUUUAGGGUUACAAUUGGGGUUCAGGAUAGAAUGAAAGUCAGGAGUUAGGUUUAUUUUUAGGGUUUGGGGUUACGGGUAAGUUUUGGGUUAGGGGAAAUAGGAUUUUGAAUGGGAAUAAAUGUGUUGGUCCACACAAAGGUAGUAAAACAAACGUGUGUGUGUGUGUGUGUGUGUGUGUGUGUGUGUGUGUGUGUGUGUGUGUGUGUGUGUGUGUGUGUGUGUGUGUGUGUGUGUGUGUGUGUGUGUGUGUGUGUGUGUGUGUGUGUGUGUGUGUGUGUGUGUGUGUGUGCGUGCGUGCGUGCGUGCGUGCGUGCGUGCACGUAUGCGCGAGGUUCUCCACCCCCACAGCUGUAGGUCAGGCUUGGGCAAUUUUCUAUACCCCAGCUGGCCUCUUCUUGCCAGGCCGCAGUCCAGUGCUGCCUCUUCCCCCUGAGCUCCACUCAGCCACCAACCGGGGGUGAUGGGACUGGGAACAAGGGCUCUCUCUGUCUCUCAGUCACACAGAUGCUCAAGACCAUUCCACAGACCACUGCGAAGACUCCCCUAUGGGGAGGUUACCUCUGCCUUCAAGUCUAUUCAGACUGUACGAACACUGAACCAGACCGUUAGCCAGAGGCGUGCCAGCGCUAGUCCAACACACAAGGAUUUAUGUUUCUGUUUGGUUUUGUUUCGCCGUGAGGUCUGGUCAGGGGUAAUGACACACACCACCCAAAGACACAUGCAGUGUUGAAGACCCUGAUGACCAAAAUGGCGGCAGGGAUUUAAAAUUAGAGUAGAGCCGAUCCCAGACCUGGGUGUUUUGCUUCAGAGUCUCUGACCACCACUUAUGCCUGUCUAACUUCUCGUCCAUAGACUUUGAUCUCCAUUUUGGAAAAGUUUAACACCAUUUUGUUUUCUUUCGGGUCUCAUCCCAGUGAAGCUCUGUGUUGGAGGUUUGAAUCCCAAAUGUUGUCCUCGGGUACCUAAACUGUUCUAGAAUCACCUUCUCAAAGGGAGGGGGAAUAAAGGGGGUAGUCUAGGUUUAGGAACCUGCUCCGGCCCAGCAGAUGGCUAGUGGUUCAAGCACGCAUCAUGACUCCCCCCCCAACCCCAACAUAACACUAAGAGGAGAGGCCAACAGUGCUGAACAAACUGACCAAAUCCCCCUCAAAGACAUUCAAAGUGAACACUUGAUAGCAAUUCUUGAUCAGAGGGCUAAUUUGAUACCACUGCCAUGGGAGGGAGUAAGAAGCAAAACUGAACAGAGUUCUUGCUCUGCCUUGAUUGACCACUAGGGUGCCCCUCAGCCAGCCUGCCUUUACUCAUCCUUACCACAGGGGGCAGCACUGCUCAGGGUACCAUCAUCAACCGUCACCCGGAGCAAGCAGGAGUUUUCUCCCCUACCUGUUUAUAUCCUUGAUUCCAGUAGCUUUUGACUUUUUUAUUUUAUUCCAGUUGUAUUUGAAAGGCAACUUUAGCUGUUUGUCCUCACAUAGUGUUGAAAGGUAUUAUACCAAAAAUGAAGCUGUGACAUGUUCUCUCCCUCCUGUCUCCUCUCCUCCUCCAUAACAUGGCAAAUAUGGGAGGAAAGGAAAAAGGGAUUAGGAAAGGAGGAAUAAUCAUUUGAUCCCUGUCUGUGUGUCUUUAAAGCUGUAGUGUCAGGUAAAACCCAAGUGUCACUGCAGCACAUUCUUUCACACCUCUAGCUGGAAUUGAAAACGGUGCUCAAUAUGUCUACUAAAAGACACUAUGACACACACUUACACACACACACACACACACACACACACACACACACACACACACACACACACACACACACACACACACACACACACACACACACACACACACACACACACA